AAAAAUCUGUUAUUUAUUUGUAUUACCAAAAAUUGUACAAAAUAUUAAAUAUAAAAGAUUUUUAAUAAAAAUAUAAAAAAUUGUAUAUUUAUCAAUAAAUAAUAAAUUUAAAACUUAUUCUUAAAUAACUUAAAAUUAACGGAAAACUUACUUUUUGCUGAUACUUUUGCUAAAUAACAUGACUACAACAAAGAUUGAAUUUGCAGUAAACAUGACUUGUCAAAAAUGUGUUGAUUUAGUACGCAAUACAUUAACCGGUAUAGAUGGAAUUGAAAAUAUUGACAUAUCAUUAGAAAAUAAUAAUGUUAUUGUUGAAACAAAUUUACCAUAUUCUAUAAUUCAAGAAAAAAUUGAACAGUCUGGAAAAAAAGCUGUUUUAAAAGGAUAUGGAGAUACUUCUAGUGCUGUUACAAUGUUAGGAGGAAAUUCAGGAUAUACUGUAAAUAAUAAGAUAAUGGGUGUAAUAAGAUUUGCACAAACUCCUGAUGGUUGUCUUAUAGAUGGAACAAUUGAUGGUUUAACACCUGGUGAACAUGGUAUACACAUUCAUGAAUGUGGUGAUAUUUCUCAAGGUUGUGAUAGUGUUGGAGAACAUUUUAAUCCAAAUAAUACAAUACAUGGUGGUCCUAAAGAUGAUAUAUUUAAACGGCAUGUUGGAGAUUUAGGAAAUAUAAUGGUUAAUGAUUUUGGUAGAGCUACUUUUAGAAUGAUAGACAAAGUUAUAGAAAUAGCUGAUAUUAUUGGAAGAUCUUUAGUUAUUACAGAAAAACCAGAUGAUUUGGGAAGAGGAACUAACCCAGAAUCUAAAAUAGAUGGAAAUAGUGGAAAUAAAUUAGCUUGUGGUAUUAUUGCUCGUUCAUCUACUUUAUUUCAAAAUACAAAAAAGAUCUGUGCUUGUGAUGGACUUACAUUAUGGGAUGAAAGGGAUAAAACUUUUACAAAUAAAUAUGAUUAUUCUAAAUCAAGUAACAAUUGUACAGUAUUCUAAAAUUUUCAAUAACUUUUCAAUAACUAUAUAGGAUAAUAAUAAAUAUAGUCAUAUUUAUAGAUUUCACAUGAACUUUUAUAUAUUUUUUAUGCAUGCAUAUUUUAUAUUUGUCUAUUAUCCUAUAAUGAAUAAUAAUUUUUAUUUAUUUACAAAUAAUUUUAAAAUAAUUUGUACUUUUUUUAAAUUUUUGACAUUUUGUUUUUUUAUUAUUUUUAUUUAUAUUUUAAGUGUUAACACUUAACAAAAUUUAUCCUUUUUCAGCAAAAUUAUAAAUAACAUAAAAAAUCCAGAGAAUGGAUUUUAUAAAAUAAAUCAUUCCAAUAAAAUGUUUCUCAUAUAAUGGAAAGAGCAUAAAAGCACAAAAUUAUAUUUUUUAUAAUAUGUGAAACUUAUAUUAAGUUUUAAUACUAAUAUUUUUCUUAAAAUAUUACAUUUAUAAUUAAUUUAUAAAAUAAUUAUAUUUUCAAUGUACAUAAAAAUAAAAGAUAUAAUAUAA